AUUGUGACAUCAGAAUGGCUGAACAAUUCUUCAGGCUCACUCUGAGUUGAAAUAUCAUUCUCCUUUUGACACUCGUUGGUGAAACUUGGAAAAACCUUUACCCAAAGACUUUGAAGACCUUUACUAAAAGACUCGGAAGACCUUUACUAAAAGUCAUGGAAAAAGUGCUAAACAUGUUUUUUGGUGGGAAGAAGAGACGCCUUAUCCAGAAAGACCAGAGUCUUGAGAACUACCAGAGCUAUAAACGCCCUGGUUUGUUCAGCAGAAAGACCACGAUCCUGGACCUGCAGGAGACUAAGACCGAGGCUCUUCUUUUUCAAACGCAGACCCUUUGUGCUGUUGAAGAAGCACGCACUACAGCUGUUCUGAAGAGGCUCAAACUCCCUUCAAUUCAGCCAACAAAUGGCCCUAAAGAAAGGCCCCACAGAGGUCUCCAGAGGCUUUCUGUUAUUCAAGAUGUGGAGGAAGAUGAGGACCGACUUGACAACCAUACUCCUGAUGAGCUGUUGCAUUUCCCACAGAUAACAACUCCUGUUGAUUUGUCACCACCUCAGUCAUCUGUUGAUGUUCCCCUUGCAUUCAAACCACCAAACAAGAGAGCAUCUCGUCUCCCUGUGAUGAAGGCAAGCGUCCAGGGAGCAAACAAAGAAACAGCUACGGGAAAAGUGGAAGCGAUCCAGAACUACCUGAAUAAAUGGCAUACAGAAAUUCUCGCCCAUGCACCCCGACCACCGGUGGCUCCAAGACCUAAAGGAGUAUCCAAAAAAUGCACUCCAUUACCUCCUCCAGCGCCUUCUCCAGCGAACAAUGUGGAGUCUUCAGUGACACCUCUCCAUCCUUCUCCUCCUCCACAACCUGCCCCUCCAAAGGUGGCAAGGGCUCCUCAGCAGCAGUAUCGUCACCCUUCACGUGCAAUUAAAGGCAGCAAAAAACCACCAAGUUUAUGCAAACGACCAACGGCUGAUAAAAUCGAUCUGAAGGAGCUGGAACCUCUAUCCCACCCUGAAGAGGAUCUGCCCCUCUUCUUGGAGGUUGAGUCUUCAGUGACACCUCUCCAUCCUUCUCCUCCUCCACAACCUGCCCCUCCAAAGGUGGCAAGGGCUCCUCAGCAGCAGUAUCGUAACCAUUCAAGGGCAAUUAAAGGCAUCAAAAAACCAGCAAGUGUAUGCAAACCGCCAACAGCUGAUGAAAUCAUACUGAAGGAGCUGAAACCUCUUUCCCACCCUGAAGAGGGUCUGCCCCUCUACUUGGGUCUUCUUAGCUCGGAAGUCUGGGAGGAGAAGGUAAAAGGACUGCAGAGUGUCCAAGCUCUGGCUCAGCAUCACCCUGACAUCCUGAAGAGUAAACUUCAUGAAGUGUGUUACGCUGUGACAGAGGAGGUUAAAAACCUACGCUCCUCCGUUGCCUCCGUCGCAGUAGACACUGUCGUUUAUCUGCACGUCUACCUGCAGAAGGACAUGGACCCUCUGGCAGACCAGACAGGCUCUGCUCUGUUGCAGAAAAUUGCACAGUCAUCUGCAAAUGCUUUCCUACUGAAGCAGGCAAUUAAAGCCCUGGACUCCCUGGUACUGAACUGCAGCCCAGGUCCAGUCCUUAACGUUCUGUUUGGGACAGGGUUAAGCCACCUGUGUGCAUCAGUGAGGGCUUGCACGGCACAAAAACUUCACAUGCUGGCUGCUGACCUGGGAGCCGCUGCAAUUAUGCAGUCAGGAAAAACCUCUGCACAGAAGUUCCUGAGUGCUGUAAAUAAUAUGUCUGUUGAUGCUUCCGCUGAAGUCAGGCGCCAUGGACUUGCCAUCCUCGAACAACUGGCUCUUCAGCCAAACUUCAGGGCACUCUGGGAAAACAUCGUCACUCAAAAAGAUAGACCUCUUCUCGAGAAGAUUCUAAAGAAAAUGCUGGAGUAGAGGAGGCGAUGCACAAGAAGGGUCACAUAAACAACAAAAAGACCAGAAUGUCUGAAAAAUAAAUAAGAUACAAAUCAUAAAAAUA